CAGAGGCUGUGGCGGACUUUUGUGUUGUGCAGCGAGUAUUGCUACCGUCUCUGUGAUUGUGAUUAUCAAUUGACAAUUGACAGGGAAACCGUAAUUGCACGCUCGGAAGGACCGUUUGUCUGCAGAAAGGACGGUCUGAUUAAUUUUGAAUCCACAUUGUGUGUGUUGGGAGAAAUAUUGUGUAUUAACUUGUAAAAAAAAAAAGCUACUGAGACACACCGUAUUGGUAGAAGUAUAGCAGUUCCUAGCCCAGGGUUGGUCUCUGGUCUUCUUACAUUCGUGACUUUAGAUGUUGUGGGCUAGAGGACAGGACUGGCAGUUUCAAAGAAGGAAGGAGAAACAAUAAUUAAGCUGUUCACGUUUUCUUGAAAAAGGCCGUGUUUUCACUCAUCCUGGGAUGCAGCUUAUUUAUUGAACGGAUGAUAGUUUCUGGGUUUGCAUAGCAUAUGUAAAGCAAUCAGGGUCGGGCAUGUGUGCGGCAUGUCCCAGUGAUGGGAAGACGUGAACUUGACGUCAGAGUGUGUACUCUGCCCAUGUGUACUCGGGUUCUUUUAUCUGAAUUUUAAGGCAACAACACCCAGGUCUAUUUUCGAUGAAUUUAGAAGGCAGAAAUGGAUAUACGGCUGAACAUUGCAGAGCAGCUUCCUUAUCCUUAACAUACUUGGCCUUUGGUUAUUUUGUUAUACAACGCCCUCUAACAAAAGUCCUUCUUAUUUGAUGAAAUGGAUUCUUCCAAGCAAUAUCCAGUGAAAAAACGAGUGAAAAUUCAUCCCAACACUGUGACAGUGAAAUAUAGUUCUUAUUAUCCACAGUCUGGAGAAGAAGGGUAUGAGGAAUCUAGUGAAGAUCAUGAGAGUUUUACAGAAGAUAAUCCAAAAAGAAGAUUGUUGAGUGAUGGACAACGAACAGGAAGGUCUUUCUUUGGAACAAUUGACAUUCCAUUGCAGACAGGACAGAAGCUAGAAGUCAACAAGAAUGAACAAGGCCAAGAAUUUAUAGAGGGAAGCAUUUUUCAGUCCAGGAAAACUUGGGCUGUUCUUUUUGGAUCUGCUUUGGCCCAUGGUUGUGUAGCUCUGAUAACCAGACUUGCUGCCGAUCGUUCCAAAGUGCCAUCUCUUGAAUUGAUUUUCAUUCGUUCUGUUUUACAAGUGUUUUCUGUUUUAGUAGUAUGCUACUACCAUGAAGACCCUUUUGGACCAAAAGGCCAUAGAUUGCGGCUAUUCUUCUAUGGAGUAUGUAAUGUUAUUUCUAUUACCUGUGCUUAUACUUCCUUUGCAAUUGUUCCUCCAAGCAAUGGGACUAUUAUGUGGAGAGCUACCACCACUGUUUUCAGUGCCAUUUUAGCAUUUUUACUAGUGGAUGAGCGCAUGGCUUAUAUUGAUGUAAUUACUGUAGUGAGUAGUAUCUUUGGAGUUUGUUUGGUCAUGAUCCCCAACAUUGUUGAUGAAGAAAAUUCUCUGUUGAAUAUCUGGAAGGAAAUCUUUGGCUAUACAAUGACAGUUAUGGCAGGCUUAACCACAGCUCUGUCCAUGAUAGUAUAUAGGUCCCUUAAAGAUAAUGUCAGCAUGUGGACAGCAUUAUUUACUUUUGGUUGGACUGGAACAAUAUGGGGAGCCUCAACUAUGUUUUUCCUUCAAGAGCCAAUAAUUCCAUUGAAUGGAGAAAGCUGGGGCUAUCUCAUUGGCAUCUGUAUAUGUUCUACUGUGGCUUUUCUUGGCGUCUACUAUGCCUUGAGCAAAUUCCAUCCAGCAUUGGUUAGCACAGUGCAACAUUUGGAGAUUGUGAUAGCCAUGAUUCUUCAGCUUCUUAUACUACACAUCUUCCCCAGCGUUUAUGAUAUAAUUGGAGGAGCUGUUAUCAUUAUUAGCAUAAUUUUCCUUGCAUGUUAUAAGCUAUCUUGGAAAAUCUUUAAAAAACAAGAUUACCAGGAAAUAUUAGAUUCUUCUAUUAAAUGAAUACAAAAUUAGUGUAUUUUAUGUAGUGCAGUGUGCAAUUAAUAUGACUGUGUGUGUAUAGUGCUAGUAACAGCAUACUAUGAUUUGUUGUUCAGGUACAUGACAUCAAGUCAGUCCUAAUACAGUUCAGUACAGUUGUAUGAAAAUAUCUUUUUCAGAUAUGUGAAAAAUGUUUAAAAUGUGAAAAUUAUGAAAAUCAUAUUCUUAGAUAGUAUAUAGAAAGUGCCAAAGAUUGAUAUAGACAGGUUUUGCUAUGAAAAUGGUAUGUCUAUGUAAUAAUCAAGAACUAAUCUCAGUUCAUUGGAGUCUUUAUUUUUUUAUCUUUGGAAUCUAGAAAAUAUAAUUUUAUUCUGUGUUUAAAAUAACACAGUAAUCUUCGUGUGGAAUAGAAGUAAAUCAUAACAAUCUUAUUCCUUUACUGGUUACAGAAACAAUUAUAUAGAAUUUGUCUUUGAUAUUUGGCAUGUGGUUCAUUGUUAAAGAUAACAUAUGAAUUGUGUACCUACAGUUCUUCUUUUAAAUAAAAUGUAGUAAUAAUGAGCAAGUUGGUAUUUGAACUGAUGAAUGCAAAUUACCAUUUUAGGACUUAAUUCAAGACCAGAAAAAAUGUAAUUGCAAAGGAAAAAAUGAAUAUGUAGUCCGAAGAUA